AUGGACAAUAUUUAUGACAGUGGCAACAAGACUGCGCUGUCUGAGCUCUACACCGGCUUCAAUGUUUCGGAUGCCACGGAAUAUCCUGAUCUAGCAUAUCUCCUUACAGGCCCUUUGGGGUCUUGGGACCAAUCUUGGAAUUCACAACUGUAUCCUCUGGAUGGCCCCGGUUCCUACUGCGACUUCAUCACUUCUCGGACCAACGUAACUGUGUCUGACACGGCUCUUCAGACAAUGGCACAUUCCUUGGUUACAUACGCCAACAAGACUACAACCCCUAAUGCCACAGAUCUCUACUACCCGCUCCUGAAUCUGUUCCUCUACGUGCAAACUCUGUAUAGCUUCUGUUCGGGACAAACGGCGGCCCAAUGCGUGUCCUUAAGCACUGCCAGCCCCUACCAGUGGCUCGAAUGCACAGAAUAUGGCUCGUUUGCAACAGGAUACACCCCUGGCACACCGGACCGCCCUGAUACCCUGCCCUUGGUCUCCCGCACACUGUCACUAGAUUACUUUCUUAGCCAGUGGCGGGUUCGGUCUGUCCUAUCCUCGCCUGGCCCUCUCGAUUACUAUCGCCCGCUCACGCCACUGGAAGAGUUCCUGGAGAAUGGAAGGCCUAACGUGCGCGCAAAGAGUAAUGGCACGGGCAGCGAACCGGAAAUCGUGAUCGACGGCGGGUAUCACGAAUGGGAUCUUCCGGGACUGCUGCCCAACGAAACAGACGACAAGAUGCCGGCGGGAGUGCACAGCGCCCAAAACAGGGAGAUCGAGGCUGUGAAGCUAUGGCUGCAGGCCUGGAAUCAGACUCACGCAGUCUGA